AUGGCCUUUCCAAUUGAAGGUGAUGGGUUACUAGACAAUUUAUUUUAUUAUGUAUGAUUGAAAGCUGCAAGAGAUGAAGGCUUAAGAGGAUUCUUCCUUCCAGAUACUGUAGUUUACAAGUACCAACAGCCAAGAAGUUGGUAUUUUACGUCAAUUGAUGGAACAAUUAAAAAGAAAUGCAAAGAUAAACUGACAACACAAUGCAUAGAGGACGCUUUCCUCAGGAAAAAAUCAGAGUCUGGAAUUGUGGCUUGCUAUAUAUUCAUGUCAGCUUCAAAUAAUAGAGUUAUUGAGUUUUUCGGGCCUGAAGAACUUAAACAUUUUCUGAAUUAUAGGAAGAAGGCACAAGAAGGAAUUCUACAGAAGUGGAUUGAUCCUAAAGGAGAAAAAAAUUCUAUAAUUCAAAUGGUUUGAAGCCCAAAGAUCUGCUUAUUUGAAUAUAGAGAAAAUUUAAAAGAUUUAUAUGAUCAAAGGUAUGACAUGUAUGAGAGAGCAGUUAUCCUAUUUUAAAUUAAAUUUCAUUGCAGGGACUAAAAAACAGAAUUUUCUUCAAGAGUUAAUUUUUGAAAAUAAUAAUUAAUUUAAUGUCUAAUACAUUUGAAGGAGAAGAAUUUCAUAGUUCAAGCAUAGCAUUACGCGGUAACGAAUUAAAAAAGCAUUUAAAAAACAUUGUUGAGCUACUAGUUAUGCAUAUCAGUGAAGUCACUUCAAACAAGUUAUCCAUAAACAGAAUGGUCCUUCAUUUCAAACAAGAUAAGUAUGAUAAUUUAUGGCUGCUCCGGGCCACAUCAAUACGCUGCUCACUCCACCACUCAGUGGGAAAAAAUUUUGUUCGCUCAUGGAAGAGGGUUAAAUUUUUUUAAAAAUUUUAUUGCAAACUUUUUAAUACAUUUUCAUAAAAAUUGAGAAGCAAAAAUUAAUUUAGUUUGCAAAAAUUUAUAUUUAAAGUGCAAGCUGCUUAAAAUUCAACAGAAUUAGCAAGAGGUUUCAUUAUAAUAACUAUCACUUAUAUAUCCAAAUAUUUUUUAUAAAAAUUUCAAGUUUGCUCACAAUGGCAAAAAAUAGGGAUGCUUCAAAUUUUUUUUCUCUCACGCAGGGGAGUCAGAGCACCAAAAUAGUCCACUUGACUUAAACUCUGUAAUAAAACUGCCAGAAACUGUUAACGGUCACAAGUUUUCCACAAAUCCUCAAUGCCCUAUGGCUUUACAAAAAACUGUGUUAUGCCGAAACUGUGAGGAAGCUAUGGAAGCUGACCGAAUGUGCGAAAUUUCUUAUAGGAUGAUUAUUACAGCCCAAGACGGUAUUCCGCCUCUGCUUAAAAAGAUCCAUUCUCACAUGACAGUAGACGAAUUUGAAAAAUUCAGGCAUAAUCCAUUAUUUCUUAAUAAACAAACACUGGUUUGUGACCAGUGUUUUUUAAUAUUCACAAAUCAGUGGCAAACAAGUGGAGCGUUGCCAAGACCUCAGUCUGUGCCGAUUUUUGGAACACAGCCAUUAGAUCCUAAGAAAACAAAUAGAAGAAGGGAGGUAACUCUCUUGUCAAGACCUGAAAACCAGUAUAUGGAAAGGACAGUCAAAAGCAGCAAGUCAACAAGAGCAUUUAGACCGAAUUCUGCAGCAGGAGGAGAAAUUCAACUGGCUUUUACCUCUUUUAGAUCAGAAAUCCCAAGAAUCCCUGCGCUGAAUCUGCCAAGGCCAAGGACUGAGCAGCAGUUGCGAGGACAGGUUUCUCUUGCGAGGAUGCUUGGGACAGUAGACAUUACUUCUUUUCUAGAGGAAAGAUAUUCCAAUAAAAGAAGACAAUUGUAA